GCAAGAACAAUGAUACAUAUUAUCUGAUGAAUUGAUGAUCGGGUAUGGGACAUCGACUCUUGCCGUCCGGGUUUUGCAUAUUGACAACACACGUCGCGUUCCAGAAUGGGCAGACAAUAUGUAUCAACAAUGGACUUCGAGUCUUUAAGGAAAAUCGGAACGGGAUAUAUUUUGUUCAUUCAACAGUCCGGGAUGCCAAAAGGCGGCGGUCGGCUGGAGAGCCCUCGAGGCAACAUAGCGGGAAACUGGUCUUUGUAGCCCAGAAGAAGAUCCAGGGAAUACACGGAAUCAUACCAGACAAGCGCCGGAAGCGCCAGAGGCCCCCCUUUUUAGGAACGAGUGUGCGGCGAGGAUACCGGGGUCACUUCGACCAUGGGCACAUGCACAUGAAGGCUCUCAAACACUUGAUCGGCAUGAACGGUGCCCAGAACACUCUGUCGGACCUGGCAUACAAUGCAGUCUCCAAGGCAGGUCUUUACGGCGCCAUUGCAACUUUCUCCAAACUCUACUUUCCCAUGUUGAGCCGCUAUCCAUCAAUAUUAGACACGAUUUCCAGGGACCGCCGAGACUGCCGAGAUGCAAUAUUCGAAGUUUUUCGGCUGCAGAUUUCUACCUGUUGUGUAGCCCACAAGGUUAUUGACAGCGUAGCUACGUUAGCCGUCUUCACUGACGAUUGGAACUCGGCACAAGCCGACCGAACUACCAAACUCGACCCCUUCGCCAUGAUGGAAGAGUCCUAAUCCCUCCUGUACAACCCUUUGAGAAGCCAGCAAAAUCGCCAAAUCCCAAAUUCGACGCUCAAUAUCGGAUUCAGUGCGGAACCCAUGACCCAGACGAUAUAUACCGUCAUGCUGUGCAAUAUUUCUCACUGGUGCGGGAGCAUGAUCUGGCACAGCGUCCGGUUUUCUAUAUGAGAUCAUUGAGAAGGGAUAAGAAGGAUUAGAAAUGAACUAUCUCUGCAAUCUUGAGUCAGAAGUAGAUCGGGAAAUAUUGCAUAAUGUUGGACUUAGCAAAACCAAGAACUUAGAUAAGUGAUAUAAUAACAACAGUCCACUUCAACAAGAGGAUGCAUAGGUGAUAACCACCUGGAGGACCAACAGCAAUCAUAGAGGACAAUGCAUGUGGUUCACACAGUCAUGGCGGAUUCAGCGCCAUGGAUCGGAGCAGACGUAAUACUAUGUGUCUG